AUGGCCGAUCCGACAAUCCAAACAUUUUGUUGUAAGCACAACAAUAAUACCGAUAUGGCUAUUAUUAUAAUGCAGGAAUUCAAUACCGAUGCUUAUAAUGUUGUUUGUAUGCUGUCAUCAAUUAUUGGAAUAAUUGGUGCUAUCUAUCAGAUAUUACCCAGAGAAGAAGUUUACAAUCAAUAUCGCUGGCAGAAUUUUUCUUCUUCAAGAAGCCGAAAGAUCAUUAUUUGGCUCGCUGUCGCUGACUUAUUUGCAUCACUAGGAGUAUUUCUUCGUUCAAUAUUAUGGAUUAAUUAUAAACCAAUAAUGCCAGCAACAGACACCUCAAAUGUCAUAUUUUGCGCAUUGUCAUCAGCAUGGACACAAUACUUUUACAUGUCAACCUGGAUUUGGACACUGUGUUAUGCGAUAGACAUGAAGCUAUUGCUGAGUGAACGACCAAGUAAAUAUGGAUGGUAUCACGCAGCUGCUUGGAUUUGCCCUGCACUAUUAACAACAUUCGGAUUAUCUAUUCUUUAUAUCCCAGAGGCAAAUUGCCACGAGUCAAUAACAAUGAGUACAGCUAUUUUACGGAUUUUACCAAAUUACUGCGUAACUUAUUUAUUGUUGGGUAUUGUCAUGAUUGUUAAUCCAGUAUUAUAUGUAUCAUCAACCAAAGAUUUACAAAAUGCAGUCACAUGUAGUAUGGCACAGAUGACUGGACGUGAAAGGAAACUUGUACAAACUAUUCAAGUUAAAUUUGCGAUGAUUAAUCUAGUUUAUUAUGUUUGCUGGCUGCCUAACUUGAUUAACGGAAUACUUUUGUGGACACUUUGGUUUAAUUUGCCCGUUAAAGUCAUUAUUACACUGUGGUAUGUCAUGGCCGCAACAAACCCGCUACAAGCGUUUUUCAAUGCAAUGGUUUAUCAGCGAUGGGGUAAACGAGAGCGAUUUUUUUCAUGGUGGAAAAAGUUGGGUCAAUUGGUGACAACUGGUAAAUAUAACAACAAUGAAUUAAAUGAAGUAUCACCAUUGUUGACACCGCAAUAUGAGUGCUGUACACCGCACACGAGUAUAAACGGCUCGUCAUCUCUAUGA